AUUUUAAAUUGAAAUGUAAACGCCAAACCGUGUACACUGUACAUGGCAGAUGUUUAUAGUUCUAUAGAAUCAGGAAUCAGGAUAAGAAAUAUAACAUGCCUGAUAACUCCAAACUUUGCUUAUAAAAUUAUGUUGUUCUAAGUUUAACUGGUUCUAUACAGUAUACUUCAAAACUGAAGACGGUUCGUGUUUUUAAUAACAAAAUGUCGUUUUCUUUUGGUACUCCUUCAAGUGCUCCAGCAAGUGGUUUAUCCGGGGGUUUUAGUUUUGGCGCUAACAAGCCCGCCACACCUGCCUUUGGUUUAGGCGGUACUCAGCCAUCCUUAGGGCUUUUUGGUACGCCUGCUACAUCAGCUCCAGCGUUUGGGACAGCAACACCGGCUUUUGGUUCAACGCCUGCAUUUGGUGCCACAUCCACAGCCCCAACAUUUGGAGCAAAUGCUACACCUGCAUUUGGGGCAACUUCUGCUGCUCCUACAUUUGGAGCUAGUUCUACUCCAGCAUUUGGGGCCACAGCAACACCAGCAUUUGGUGCAACAUCUGUUGCCUCAACAUUUGGUGCCACAUCAGCAGCACCUGCUUUUGGUGCAACAACUACACCGGCAUUUGGCACAACAUCUACUCCAGCAUUUGGAGCUACAUCUACUCCUGCUUUUGGCACUACAACACCGGCCUUUGGUAACACCUCAUUUGGAAGUAGUCUUAGCACUGGAUUGGGUUUUGGAGCAACAACUACUACUUCAGCUACCAGUCUUUCAUUUGGUACAACGACGACUACAAGUGCAGGCUUGGGUGGCCUUGGCGGUUUUGGGUUUGGUGCUUCGACCACUGCACAGCCUAACAUUGGGCUAGGUGGGACAACUACUACAGGGGGCUUUGCAACAACCAGUCUGGGGUUGGGAGGUGCGGCACCCACUAACACCGCAGGAGCCAGCGAUGGCAAAAGUGAACCUCCGAAGCAGACGAAAUUGCCAAACGAGGUAUCGACAACGGUGGAAGCUUUUAAAGAAUUUGUGAAGAAACAGAAAUCUCUCAGCUCCGACAUCAUGAGGGUGUCUAUCAAGCCUCUGCAGAAGGUGAGUCGCGAAGCGGAGUGCACUCUGCGCCUGGCCAUGUCCCUGAACGCCGAGACGUCGCGUUGUCGCGCUCAGUCGCGUCGGCUCCGCACCUCCGCCGCCGCCGCCCUCGCCGCCGCCGAGACCGCCAACAGAGACCCGCCGGGUUCCGAGUCGGAAGGAAUAACUCCGCCGACGUACGUGAAGGACCUGAUAUCGGAGUUGGAGCAGCAGAUCAUCACUUUCAGGAGACAGAUGGACGUGGCCGACAAGCAGAUGCAAUCCUCGCCCAAACUGCUCACCGAACAGGAAUUGACCAUGGGCAUGCGCCGGAUGCACGAGUCGUUCGUGGCGUUGGCUGGAAGACUGCAGGCCGUGCACGCGCAGGUGCAAGCGCAGAAGGAGCAGUACCUCAACUUCAGGAAGUACGUGCUGAAGGACCCCACCGACGUCUUCGACACCAGCGCGAGCGCGAGCCUGGACCAGAUAUUACGAGACGCGGAAGGAACGAGAAAGAAGAGCAAGUCGGGGUUCCCGAGCGAGCUGGGGUUCGACGGCGCCGUCCUCUCGGACCCCAGGGCCGCUUUAGGAAACGCGCAGCGGUUGGCCGGCCCCACGCCCUUCACCUGCCUCGGCACCACUCUGUCGCCCUUCUCCGCCGCCGAGGCCCAAGGAUCGAACUGGCAGCCCACGCCUCAGGCGGUGAAUUCGUCGUUGAACUUUAGCGGUUUCGGGUCUCAGACGGACAGUUUUCAGCUUCAAAAACCGCCCGGAAAACGCGGAAAGCAGUGAUACCGGCGACGUUGAACCGGGCUCGCCGAGGCCUCGAAGGAUUGUAAUUUUACAAUCUGGAAAUUGAGAUCUAGAGCCCGGUCGGUGUCAGAGCUCGGAGUGAGCGGUGUAUACGAGAUAAUUGUAAAAUGGCUUUCUCGCUCUGAAAUACCAUUCGCUAUAGACCGAUAAAUUGUAAGUUAAUUAAUUUUAACUCAUAUAAAUGAUUAUGAAAGAAUACCGUAAUAACGGCUGGCGAGAGUUCGCUCGGCGUAUAAUGAAAAAAUAUCCCAAAUAUUGUUAAUAUUGAAAUUUCAUUCUAGUUUUUUAGUUAAACACUAAAAGCAUAUACAAUCUUCCUCUUCUUGUAAUGUCAUAUUACAAGUAAAGAAUUAAUUUAUAAUUAAAAUAAAAUGAUAAUUCGGUUUCUUUCUAUACGUAAACUUCAUUCCAUUACGAUUUUAUUUUUGUCUGUCUGUAAAUAUUUUCGCUACUUGUGAAUGAAUGUCAGUAGAAAUCUUGCAAAAGAUGUACAUAUACAAAUGAUUACGAUAUGUAUUUAUCGCGUAUAUGAUUAGCAUUUUUUUAAUUUGUUAAUAAAUCUUUUAUGCAUGUA